UUAGGCUCCCUUAUCUUUUGUGUAGGUAUCUAAAUAACACAUCUUUUUAGGGUUAUAAUUUCUUUUCGCUUUUUUAUUUAUUUUUCUUUUAGGGUUGGGUAUAAUUUGGCGGAGAAGGGUCAGAAGCAUUUCUGUUUACUCUUCGUAGCGACUCGAUCUCGCGCAGAUCAAUACUCUGGUGGUAGUUGGUUUUUGGAUCAGCAAGCGCCAUGGCAGUUGUUUUUCCCAGCCUGAGCACAGAAGAAGGCCUCAAGCAACUCGAUGAGUAUCUCCUUUCGCGCACCUAUAUUACUGGGCAUCAAGCUACACAAGAUGAUAUUACAGUGUUUGGUGCCUUGAGCAAAGACCCUGGAUCGAGCUUCCCUAAUGCAUCUCGUUGGUACAAUCAUCUCAGCGCUCUUCUGGCUUCAAGUUUUCCAGGAAAGAGUGUUGGUGUGAAAAUAGAGGGAGGAGCUGCUGCACCUGCCCCUGCCCCUGUAAAGGCAACCGAGGCUCCUAAAGAGGACGAAGAUGAUGAUGAUUUGGACCUGUUUGGUGAAGAGACUGAAGAAGAAAAAAAGGCAACAGAACAAAGGGAGGCAGCCAAAAAAACAUCAGCUAAAAAGAAAGAAAGUGGAAAAUCUUCUGUUCUAUUGGAUGUCAAACCAUGGGAUGAUGAGACGGACAUGCAGAAACUUGAGGAGGCUGUCAGAAGUGUGCAAAUGCCUGGCUUGUUCUGGGGUGCUUCAAAGCUUGUUGCUGUAGGAUAUGGAAUUAAAAAACUCCAGAUUAUGAUGACUAUUGAAGAUGAUCUUGUGUCUGUUGACAAUCUUAUUGAGGAUUAUCUCACAUCUGAACCUGCAAACGAACACAUUCAGAGUUGUGAUAUUGCUGCAUUUAACAAAAUCUAAUGAUGCAUCAAGCCUUUUUUGGUAGGGGGGAGGCAGAACAUUUUUCUCCUCGGGAGGGUUCUUAUAUUCUUCUGUAUUUGCAACUAGGAAAGCUACCAUCAAACAGAGUGUGUAUUAGAAACAUUCUUCGGCAUACUAUGAGUUUAGGGACAGACAUGUCCUUUCAUUGGAAACUAUAUAAAAUUUAUUUAUAUAUAAUGAAUUAAAAUAUAUUUGGUUUGGUCGUUAAA